GGCUUAGAAUGUCCAGGAAGAUAUCCCACACUCAGCCAGCUCGUAACAGAUGUCCUGGUGUGUGCCUUGGCUCCUGACCGGUAUGUUAGAUAACGGCAGGACACACCUGUGUGCAUACAGAAAGCUCUAACGGUCUUUGCGAAUUUAUGCCAUGGGUCAGUCGGGAUCCAACGAGGGACCUUCUGCUACAAUCCAGUGCGUAACCCGCGAUUUUCUACAGGUUCGGUUUGAUCUGGAGCCUUUUCCUGAUGAGAUUCUUCAGAAGAUCUUGAGCUUUCUGCCCCCGCGGGAACUGGUAACGCGGUGCCGGCUUGUGAGCCGUCGCUGGAAACACCUGGUGGACUCACCCACUCUCUGGAAGCUGAAAUGUGAGCAUGAACGCCAGGCAGAUCUACUUAGAGCUUCCUCGCUAUGUCAUUUCUUCCCCUGGCAGAGAGUGUUUGUUAAGGAGAUCUUCUGGAGGAACCUGAUACGGAACCCGUGCGGCAAAGAUGGGUUUGAUCCCUGGAACGUUAUCCAUGGAGGAGAUGGCUGGGUCGUGGAAAACAAUCGAUGUCCUGUGGAAGGAGCUGAGAGCCAGACAUGUUUUGUAACGUCCUUUUUCUGGUGCUCAAAGAGUCAGACCAUAGACCUGCUGAAAGAAGGAUUCUGCGAACACUACCUCGAUGUCCACCAACCUCCGAUCGCCAUCAGUGACUGGGUUGCCGGGAGGGAAGACUGCGGAUGUAUGUAUGAGAUCAACGUUCAUCUCCUCGCUGCCGACAGACAAUCCAUCAAGACGUUUUCUAACCCCACAUUACAGAUAGAUCAGUGGAACAAUCAGAUUUACCAUCAGGUUUCACAUGUUUUCGAAAACUAUGGCCCAGGAGUGCGAUUCGUCCAAUUCUCACAUAAGGGAAAAGACACGUUGUUUUGGAAAGGCUGGUACAGAGCACGGUUUACAAACACGUCUGUCACCGUGAGAUGCAACGUUAACGAAAACCAGCGGGUUGCAUGUGAACAUUCAGCAUUCCAUUGGUCUCGCCAUCGGUAGUUCCACCAGAUGCCAUGGCAAUGUGUGGUGAACUUACUGACAUGUCGUGUUCUCACAAUCUGACGGAGAUUAUUCAAAACCAAAGUGGGAUUUCUCGCAGAGAAUAAGAAUGGGGAUUGGAAUCUAUAUAUAUAUAUUUAUUAGAAUAAGGUGAAUAUUUUCUACAGAUAUUGAAUAAAAUGAAGCAGGUGCAGUGGAAGAGAAUAUAGACAAAUCAUAUGUUAAUUGGUGUAUUUUAUUU